AUACUUUGCAGUUGAAAAGCCAUGGCAUGCUAUAAACUGAUCAUUAGACGACAGUGUGCUGGAUAAGGCUGGGAGCAGCAUUCGCUUGUUUGCCUCUGCUCAUUAUACUCCCGUCUUGUCUGCCUGCACGGCUCUUAAUACGCGCUCUAUUUACACUACAGAACGAAACGAGCUUACAUAGAAAGAAGCGUUAAUGAAUUAUAUGUACACAGGCGAUCCACCAAAUAAACUUAUUCAUGCCGGCCGUAUACUGUACAUUAAAUGCAGUUCGACGGAUCUCGCUGUUUCGACCUGGCUUGGAUACUGUCGUCAUUUAAUUCUCCGAUCUAAUGUUGAGAAUUGUAUUUGAUCAGCUUGAUAACUAUAGUUGACAUGCUCAUAUUACCUUCAUCUGUUGUUUAAAAAAAAUCUGCGACAAAAAAUCUAGCAAUUUGUGAAGGAACAAGUGGGAUAUAAUAUCAAAGCAAGAUGCCGUGCGUUCGCAUGCGCCGAUCGGAUUCGAUCGCUACUGUUUCGAGCGACAGCAGUGACGACAGUAGUUUGGUCAUCCUGUUACGGCACGUUAAUAUGACGGUGAGUAUUUCCUUGAUCGUCGGAACAAUCAUCGGAUCCGGAAUCUUCGUUUCGCCGAAAGAGAUCCUCGAAUAUACGGGAACGAUAGGUAUGUCGCUCGUAGUAUGGAUAGUGUGCGGUAUUUUCUCAACUAUCGGUGCCCUGUGCUACGCGGAACUCGGCACAACUUUUUCCAAAUCGGGAGGCGAUUAUACAUAUUUACUGGAAGCUUUCGGGCCGCUGGUUGCAUUUUUACGCGUGUGGACGUCUAUUGUAGCGGUGCGGACGGGCAGCUGGGCAAUUAUAUCGGUAACGUUUGCAAGGUACCUUACGGAACCAUUUCUCCAUAAUUGCGAUGAAGAACCGGUGAUAGCUGUGAGACUCCUAUCUGCUGCUAUUCUGUUUGUCAUAUUCUUCGUGAACUCUGUAAGUGUGCCGCUGAGUACGCGACUUCAGAUAUUCUUGUGCAUCGUUAAAAUUGUUGGACUAUUUCUAAUUAUCAUUGUCGGAGCCUAUCACUUUAUCAACGGUCCAACUGAUCCAUCGAAACCUGGAAAAUUCGACCGGCCGUUUGAAAGUCAUAAUAGUGAAUUUAAUUGGCAAAAACUACCGAAUGCUUUUUUCAACGUUUUGUUUGCUUAUUCUGGGUGGCAGUUUUAUGUGCAGACUACGGAAGAGAUAAGAAACCCUAAUAGAUACAUUAUGCCCAACUAUUGGACCCACAUCCAGUCUCAGUAUAGAAUUCAGGAUGAAAAAGAAUGGCUCUUAUCUUCAUAUGACUGCUAUGAAACUGCCUCUUCAAACUGGUCAAGAUAUGAUAAACGGCUUUCUUCCUGCACGAAUUAUUCAGAAGGAAUGCCAGUUUAAUGCAAAUUAAUUGACAUUUUGAACCAUGCUG